AUGGUUUCACCCAAAUAUGUUAACCCAAAGGAAGUUGGAGAGAAGGUAGGAGAGAGAGCAGUUCCAUUUAAGUGGAUGAUUGAUGGCUUCUCAACAAUUGCAAAUCGAGGUGCUGAUACGUAUUACUCGGGGAGUUUCACAGCCUGUGGUUUUAACUGGAAGUUACGACUGGAAUCAGUUUUAGAAGUAGAUGGUGCGAAAUAUCUCGGUCUUUACCUCUCAAAUGAUGAUGAUGCAGCUUCAAAAAACUCUGAGAUCAAAGCAAUCUACAAGCUUUUCAUGUAUGAUCAACUACAUGGGAAGCACAUACAAAAGCUAGGCGAAGACUAUUUCCAUAGCAAAUCCCAUGGAUUUUGUUGUAAGGUUGCAUUGAACAAGUUCAACAGUUCAAAAUCUGGUCUACUUGUCAAUGAUCGUAGCGUCUUUGGAGCUCAAGUCUUGGAGGCUUUUGAUUGCAAAUCAGACAAAGACAAAGAAGGAUUCCUUGAAUCCUUGUCCCUAAACAAAGACCUAACUCCUCGAAUAUAUACUUGGGCAAUCAAGGAUGUUUCCAAAUCGAAGAUCAGACUAAUUUCUGCAGCUUUUGCUGCAGGCGGCUACAACUGGCGUAUCUCGCUCCAUCCAAACUUAGCCAAAUACAAAGACUUCCUUGCUGUUUUCUUGAGCUUGGACAAUGCUGCUAGUCUUGCUCCCAAGACAAGUCUUUAUGUGGAGUAUAGCUUUUGCUUGUUGGAUCUACACAACGCCAAGCACUGGAAGCUCACAGGGAAAUAUUUGUUCUCAUCAGGGAUUUCCAGUUGGGGAUGGCGUGAGUUCUUAAGUUGGAAAGAUCAAGAUCCAUCAAGAGGAUUUCUUCUCGACGACACUUGCAUCAUUGAAACAUCCAUUGUGGUCCUUGGAGUAGACACCAUUGCUUGA